AUGGCGACGGGCAAUGAUCGAGGGGAGUCGUAUGAGGAGGAACAUGUUCAUCGAGUUUAUCAAGAAAUCGCACAUCAUUUUUCAUCUACCAGAUACAAGCCCUGGCCAAUAGUUGAACGAUUUCUGAAGGAGUUGCCCCCUGGCUCUGUUGGGCUGGACGUCGGCUGCGGCAACGGCAAAUACCUACCGAUCAACUCAAAUGUCUUUAUUAUAGCUUCAGACAGGUCUGAAGCCCUGGUAGAAAUCGCUCGCCAGCAUCCACCCCAUUCCACAGUGGUAGCUGAUACUCUGAACCUGCCCCAUCCGAAUGCUCACUUUGAUUUUGCAAUUUCCAUUGCAGUGAUACACCAUUUGUCGACCCGUGAACGUAGGGUCAAAGCGAUCCGGGCGAUCCUAGACACUCUUAAACCGCCUCAGGGUAAUUCUGAGGGCGGGAAAGCCCUCAUAUACGUUUGGGCGCUUGAACAGAAAAAUAGCCGUCGAGGCUGGGAUGCGGGUGAUGACCAGGAUGUUAUGGUUCCGUGGGUAACGAAGCAGAAAAAUGCCGACGAGUCCACUGAAACGUCCCAAACGUUUCUUCGUUACUACCACCUUUACCAAGCAAAUGAGUUGAAAGCUGACAUCGGCGCCGCUGGUGGCCGUGUUAUCGACCAUGGUUAUGAGAAGGAUAACUGGUGGGCAAUUACUACUCCACUUCCUUGA